UGAAGACCAGCUGACUGAUCACGUGACAGGGGAGACUGCCGCUGUCUUCAGGUGGCCCGUGCUGCUGAGGGCUUUCCAAGUCUCUGCAUCACCUCCCUCCUCCUCCUCCUCAUCCUCCUCCUCCUCUGCGGCUGCAUCAGUCUGGGAAAAGUCUGGAUGCUUGUCUUGACUCAGUUUUGGGCUCUGUCCUCUGUGUUGAUGCUGCUCGUGGUCCUGGCUGUUGAAGAAUCUUCGGAUGGUUUGUUUGGGCAGGCCCAGCUGAGCUGACAGAGUGUGAACUGCCUCCUCAUCUGGGUCGAGGCCAACGUCCUGGAUGAAGCUCUGUAGGAUGCCCAGCGCUUCUUGGCUCACUUUUGACCCUUCACCUUGAACCUCACCUCUUUCUUGGACCUCUUGAUCUGCCUCUAAGCGCACCCCAGCCCCAUCUUGGUCCUCAUCCUUUGAUCUAGACCACUUUAUAGUGAGUUUAUCCUUAACCCCACCCUCUUUUCUAUCCCCAUUGAUCUCUUCCUCUCUUUCAUUUCCUUCCCUCACCUCCUCCUUGCUUUCUGUUUCACUGUCUCUUGCCUUUCCAAUACAGCCCCAGUCUCCUCCCAGAAUGCCCCUCUCUCCUCGGCCCCCCUCUAUGCACUCUUUACUGUCCCCUCUUUCACCACUACUACAGCCCCGUCCCUGCAGACACAUUCUCAGGUGCCCCCAGUUGCCCCCAGAUUCAGACUCUGCUGGUGAUGCAGCACAUGGUUGUCUAGGAGACAGUGCUGCUGUGCCGUCGUGUUGCUGCUCUCCUGUUCAUAGAUGGCGUCUCGUUCAGUCUGCGACAUGCUGAGGAAACGGCGGAUCAUGCACAGGUUCUCCCAAAGGGUCCGGUUCUCCGGGCUUGGAUCCUCCUUCCAACGCAGCAGCUCACACAGCCAGCCCUGCAGGAGUAAUGACAGCAACUUCAUCCUGGCCAACGCACAGGUGUCGAAGGGCUUUCCAAUCGUCUACUGUUCAGAUGGCUUCUGUGAGCUCACAGGCUUCUCGCGGGCUGAGGUCAUGCAGAAGAGCUGUGCCUGUAAGUUUUUAUACGGGCCGGAGACCAGUGAAAGCAUCAUCCUCAGCAUCGAUGAGGCUCUGGAGGAGCGAAAAGAGUUCAAGGACGAGAUCAUGUUCUACAAAAAAACAGCCGUGCUGUUCUGGUGCCUGCUGGACAUCGUGCCAAUUAAGAACGAGAAGGGGGACGUGGUGCUCUUUCUGGCCUCAUUUAAGGACAUCACUGACACUAAAGCCAAAGCCAUCCAAGAAGACAAGAAGGAAGAGCGACGGCGCGGCAGGGUGAAAACAGGCCCUCCAUUCAGCUCGGCUCGAAUGAGGAGCAGCACUGUGCUCUACCACAUCUCCGGUCACCUCCACAGCAGAGAGAAGAGCAAGAUUAAGCUCAACAAGAAUGUGUUUGGAGAUCUACCUGCUCUGCCAGAGUACAAAGUGGCAGAUGCCAAGAAGUCCAAAUUCAUCUUACUUCACUACAGCACGUUCAAAGCUGGCUGGGAUCUUCUUAUUUUACUCGCUACUUUCUACGUUGCUGUAACAGUGCCAUACAAUGUGUGCUUUAUUGGAGAUGAUGAUGACUUGACCCGCAGCACAACUGUCAGUGACAUUGCAGUAGAGAUACUCUUUAUUAUAGACAUUGUUUUUAAUUUUCGCACAACUUAUGUCAGCAAGUCAGGCCAGGUGAUCUUUGAUGCUCGGCAGAUCUGCAUCCAUUACCUGACCACAUGGUUCAUCAUUGACCUGGUGGCUGCACUGCCCUUUGACCUGCUCUAUGCCUUUAAAGUCAGCGUGGUAUCUGUGGUCCACCUGUUGAAGACAGUACGUCUGCUCCGUUUGUUGCGGCUGCUUCAGAAGAUGGACCGCUACUCGCAGCACAGCACGGUGGUCCUGACCUUACUGAUGUCCAUGUUCGCCCUGCUGGCCCACUGGAUGGCCUGCAUCUGGUACAUCAUAGGCAAGAUGGAGAUGGAGGCCAAUGCCUACAACUGGGAAAUCGGAUGGCUCCAUGAGCUGGGGAAGCGCCUGGAGUCACCGUACUACGCAAUAGGAGGCGUGAACGGGACCAGCAAUGGGCCCUCCAUCCACAGCGUCUACAUCGCCUCUCUCUACUUCACCCUCAGCAGCCUGACCAGCGUGGGCUUCGGGAACGUGUCAGCAAACACGGACUCUGAGAAGAUCUUCUCUGUCUGCGUCAUGCUUAUCGGAGCUCUGAUGCACGCUCUGGUCUUUGGAAACGUGACAGCCAUUAUCCAGAGGAUGUACUCACGCUGGUCCCAGUAUCACACCAGAACCAAAGACCUCAAGGAUUUCAUACGCGUCCAUCACCUGCCGCAGAGCCUCAAGCAGAGGAUGUUGGAGUAUUUUCAGACGACAUGGUCGGUCAACAACGGCAUCGACUGUAACGAGCUGCUGAAGGAUUUCCCGGAUGAGCUGCGAUCCGACAUCACCAUGCACCUUAACAAGGAGAUCCUGGAGCUGUCACUGUUUGCCUCUGCUAGCCGCGGCUGCCUGCGCUCCCUGUCGCUGCACAUCAAGACCACGUUCUGCGCUCCUGGAGAGUACCUCCUUCGACAGGGCGAUGCACUCCAGGCCAUCUUCUUCGUCUGCUCGGGGUCCAUGGAGGUGCUGAAAGAUGGCAUGGUGCUGGCCAUACUGGGUAAAGGAGACCUGAUCGGGGCGACUCUGUCCUUAGAUGACCGAGUGAUAAAAACCAAUGCGGAUGUGAAAGCACUGACCUACUGUGACCUGCAGUGUGUCAACUUGAAGGGACUUUACGAUGUGCUGGACCUUUACCCGGAGUACUCGCACCACUUUGUGCAGGACAUCCAGCAGGACCUCACAUACAACCUGAGAGAAGGACAGGAGACCCACGUGAAAGCCAAACUAUCUACAACAACUUUAGAUACUCAGCCCAGAGUGGGAAGAAACGGCAGAGUGGUUCAGGGCUUUCCGCCCAUCAUUGAGGCACACGAGAAACAGGGGGAACAUGAGGGGGAAGAGGAUGAGGAGGAGAAUGAGGACAUGUCUGUAUCCCUGUCAUCGGAGCGGAACCGAGCGGCAGACCGCAGGGACACAGGUGGGAAGUCUCCACUGAGCCAACCCAGCCAGAACUCCAGGCGGUCCCGAAGGAAGAGCCAGGAAAUUACACUCACCACGUUAGACCCGUCCAACCUGAGCCCCAGGAUAGUGGACGGCACAGAGGACAGCGAGGGGAGGGAGAGCUCCCCAGCCUUCUCCUUCUCCACCAUCCGAGGUUGCCCCGCCAGCGAACCAAACAGUGCCUCAGCAUCUGCCACAGAUAUGUUGCAGAUAAGCACAGCAGAGCUAGCAGCUAAAGCAGAGGAAACGAGAGGACAGCUGAGACAUCUUGACCAGCAGGUAAACAACCUUGGGAGAGAAGUAGCUGACCUUGGACGAGUCAUGAACAGAAUGGCCCAUCUCAUGGAGACCCUCAUGCCAUCAGUGCCCCAGCCUACUUUAGUCUGCCCUGCCCACUACUCCCCAGGACAGCACACGUACCUGCCCCAUCCUAACCCCCCUCAAUCCUUCCCCUCUCCGUCCUCCUCUCAGACUGCCUCUAUCUGGAUGGACACGCCCAUGUCUCUACCCUCCUCCCCCCUCACUUUUCCCCAGCAGCAUGGUGGAAUAUACCACAGGGACCCUCUCACACACAGACCCCAGGACCUCCAGCUGGGAUUUUCUUCAAUCCCCAGCGCAACUUUACCUCCUACUCCUAACUUAUCAGACCUUCAACAACUGCCAAUCAUUGCAGAGCCUCAACUGCUUUCCUCACCACUCAGCUCACCAGAGAUUUCACACUUCACAGAAGAGGUUUCUGGUUCCAUCAGGUCAAGAGUGCAUAGUCCAAAUUUACAAGAUGGGGCAGAUGAGGACCCUAAUCAGGGCUCUCCAAAAACUGGGCAUGGAGGGACCUAUCACAGCCCGACAAAGGGUUUGUAGCAGCCUUUAUUCUGAAUUUUCUGGAUUCAGCUGGACUUUUCCAGAUUAUUUGGGAACCUUGGAUCAAAUUGGGGUCCCCCGUACCACUGGAGGAUGUUUGCAGGGAGCCAAGAUGUAACAUUUAAAUUAAAUAAUAAAAUGCACGUGUUAAAUUGCCAUGUUGCAUGAAAGCACAGAAGGCUUAGGUUUGUUAGCUUUAUCCUUUAGAAAUGUAGAUGUUAGACAGGAUGCAGAGAUUUGGCUCAGCUCUCUGAACACCCUUAACCCCCACCCCUUUUUUUUUCCACCUGGGAGGCGGGGUUUCCUGUAAUGGAGGACAAGAGAGGAGUAGGAGAGAGUUCACUCUGACCUCUCUGUUUCUUGCUCCUGGCAUGGUGGUUUCAGAUCAUCUGGGCUGGAUUGAGGAAGACAAAGCAUCAUGAGUGCUGGAGUUGGGCUUUGGAAACAAGGAAUGGAUUGAUAGAGGGAUUCAACGCUCUUCCCCCAACCCCCUAUCUCCACCAUUUCCUCUCCUUUAACCCUUCUUUUCUUGCUCACUCAACCUGUGCCAGAUGCUCUGGAUUGCAUGGACCAGUGCGUGUCUGGCAGGGGGCUGGUUGGACUGGGAGCACAGAAUAGUGUGAGGAAAGAGAUGGGACGUAUUGUGCUCUUUACUGCAAGCCCCUUAGGGAACUGGAGGAAGUUGGUUAUGGAAUCGAGAAGUAGGGUGGGGGGGGUUAUGUUGCGCCUCGGGCAGCACAGUCCCUGCUGUCGCCUGUCACAGCAAGCACAGGGACUUUUUCUCCCACUCUGUCCUCUCUCCACACACAAACGGCUCUCUGGCUCUGUCCUCCCUCCUCUUUCUCUCACUCUGUGCAUGCCUUUCCAAGCCUUUUGAGUAGUGCCUGUAGACACACAUUAACAUGCUGCAUGUCACCCUGUGGAAAUCCAGCUUGCCAUUUAUCUAUCUAUUUAAAGAAAGCGGUUCAGUCUUUUAAUAGCUGAACCUGGCAUUAAAUGAUGCAUAUUUAUUGGAUGUUGGGUAAUUUUAGGCACAAAGAAGUCGCCCCUGUUAUGAGGAGGCCUGGAGCAAAACCGCCAAUAUUAAAAUUGGUCCACGAUGUCGGCCUUUUCCCUGAUUGUCACCCGGGGAUAUCAGCUCUGAGAUUUAUUUUCUCAGCUGGAGUGAAGGCAAUAUUCCCAUAAAGAAGAAAAAAAGCACAACAAGGACAUAAAGACGCUUUUAUAUUUGUAUGAAUGUAUCAAUACUAAAGCUGUAUUUUUUUACCUCAAGAAUGCAAGAGUGUGGGAGAACAGUAAAUGAUGCUACUGUAUAUGAGGCUAUGGUGGUGCUGUUUGCUGGCCAAUGCAAUCUUAAACCAGGAUGAUGGUCCUGACUCUGUUUUCCCACAGAUCUACGGUUCUCCUCUGAAUUCAUGUAGGUUUGACUCUGCUUCUCUGCAAAUGGAAUGUACUGUAUUCAAACAUCUUUUUUUCCCCUUUUGAUAUUUAUUAGAUACAAAUACAAUGUUAUGCUAAUAAACAACAAAUACGACUGUUA